CUCUCAGCUUACAAUAAACACUGCGAUUGUUUAUAUGCACAGGUUUUAUAUGUACCAUUCUUUCACCAAAUUCAAUAGAAAUCCCUGAUGGAGUAAAGUGUUUGCAGGCUGUAGAGGAGGAAAUGUGAAUGGAGUUAGUGGAUUUCACCAGGAACUUUGGAAGAGUGUUGGGUAUUAGUGUUGCACUGGAGGAGGAUGAGAAUUGAGCCCUGUUAGAGGGAACAGAAAGACUUCUGUGAGGAGUGUGGGUAAAUAAACCAGGAAUCUACCCUGAAGAUCACUGCUGUGGCUCCCUGGAUACUUAAUUUUUUUGAAUUUUACAGAUUUUUAGAAUCAUUAGUACAUGUUCUUUCUUUCCUUUGAGGCCGUCUUCUAAGGAGACAAUCUGUGUAAUUUGAAAGUAUUUUUUGAUAUUGAGGCUUAUCGUUGCCACUACUACUGAAAGUUUGAAGAGCUAUGAUGGGAAUCAUAGAUUUUACCAAGAAAAGUUCACUGGAGACUUGCAAGUGCCUUUUAGAUAAUCUCACCUACUGCAUUAUUUUUGGCUGCAAAAGUAGAAGAACAGGCUCGAAAACUUGAACAUGUUAUCAAAGUAGCACAUGCUUGUCUUCAUCCCCUAGAGCCACUACUGGAUACUAAAUCUGAAGCUUACCUUCAACAGACUCAAGAACUGGUUUUACUUGAAACCAUAAUGCUACAAACACUAGGUUUUGAGAUCACCAUUGAACAUCCACACACAGAUGUGGUGAAAUGUACCCAGUUAGUAAGAGCAAGCAAGGAUUUGGCACAGACAUCCUAUUUCAUGGCUACCAACAGUCUACAUCUUACAACCUUCUGUCUUCAGUACAAACCAACAGUGAUAGCAUGUGUAUGCAUUCAUUUGGCCUGCAAAUGGUCCAAUUGGGAGAUUCCUGUAUCAACUGAUGGAAAGCAUUGGUGGGAAUAUGUGGAUCCUACAGUUACUUUAGAAUUACUAGAUGAGCUAACACAUGAGUUUCUACAAAUACUGGAGAAAACGCCUAGUAGGUUGAAGAAGAUUCGAAACUGGAGGGCUGAUCAGGCAGCUGGGAAACCAAAAGUAGAUGGACAAGCAUCAGAAACACCACUUCUUGGUUCAUCUUUGGUCCAGAAUUCCAUGUUGGUAGACAGUGUCACUGGUGUGCCUACAAAUCCAAAUUUUCAGAAACCAUCUACAUCAGCAUUCCCUGCACCAGUACCUCUAAAUUCAGGAAAUAUUUCUGUUCAAGACAGCCAUACAUCUGAUAAUUUGUCAGUGGUAACAACAGGAAUGCCGAGUACCUCAUACAGUUUGUCAUCACACCAAGAAUGGCCUCAACAUCAAAAAUCGGCAAGGACAGAACAGAUGUAUUCACAGAAACAGGAGACAUCUUUGUCUGGUAGCCAGUACAACAUCAGCUUCCAACAGGGACCUUCUAUAUCAUUGCAUUCAGGAUUACAUCACAGACCAGACAAAAUUUCUGAUCAUUCUUCUAUUAAGCAAGAAUAUACUCAUAAAGCAGGGAGCAGUAAACACCAUGGGCCGAUUUCUGCUACUCCUGGAAUAAUUCCUCAGAAAAUGUCUUUAGAUAAAUAUAGAGAAAAACGUAAGUUAGAAACUCUUGAUCUCGAUGUAAGGGAUCAUUAUAUAGCUGCCCAAGUAGAACAACAACACAAACAUGUGCAGUCACAGGCAACCAGCAGCAGUUCUGUAACUUCUCCCAUUAAAAUGAAAAUUCCCAUCACAAAUACUGAAAAACCUGAAAAAUACAUGGCAGAUAAAAAGGAAAAGAGUGGAUCACUGAAAUUACGGAUUCCAAUACCACCCACUGAUAAAAGCGCCAGUAAAGAAGAACUGAAGAUGAAGAUAAAAGUUUCAUCCUCAGAAAGACACAGCUCUUCUGACGAAGGCAGUGGGAAGAGCAAGCAUUCAAGCCCUCAUAUUAGCAGAGAUCAUAAGGAGAAGCACAAGGAGCAUCCUUCAAACCGUCACCAUACCAGCAGUCACAAGCAUUCCCAUUCGCAUAGCAGCAGCAGCAGUAGUGGUGGCAGUAAACAUAGUGCUGAUGGAAUACCAUCCACUGUUUUGAGGAGUCCUGUUGGCCUGAGCAGUGAUGGCAUUUCCUCUAGUUCCAGCUCUUCAAGGAAGAAGCUGCAUAUCAAUGAUGCAUCUCACAACCAUCACUCCAAAAUGAGCAAAAGUUCCAAAAGUUCAGGUAGUUCAUCUAGUUCUUCCUCCUCUGUUAAGCAGUAUAUGUCCUCUCACAACUCUGUUUUUAACCAUCCCUUACCCCCUCCUCCCCCUGUCACAUACCAGGUGGGCUACGGACAUCUCAGCACCCUCGUGAAACUGGACAAGAAGCCAGUGGAGAGCAACGGUCCUGAUGCCAAUCACGAGUACAGUACAAACAGCCAGCAUAUGGACUACAAAGACACAUUCGACAUGCUGGACUCGCUGUUAAGUGCCCAAGGAAUGAACAUGUAAUCAUUUGUUUAGGUCAAUUUUUCCUUUACUUUUUUAAUUUAAAAAUUGUUAGAAUGGAAAACUUCCUCCUAAUCUAGUAGUGGUAACACCUGCUGUUGCUGCCACUGCUUCAGUAUUUGUAAGUGCUGCUUUAUUCUUCAUUCUGAAAAGAAGAGAUUAUAGUAAACAAAUCUUUAUCUCCACGUAUGAUAGUGUUAUAAAUACUGUAAAAGCAUGGAAGGUACAAAACUCAGUACUUCUACAAUUGCAGCUAAGAACAUUAGGAUAAAUGGCUGGCUGCUUCUAGGAAUAUAAGAUGCCUCAAGCAUUUAUUAUUUAUAAUUUGAAUAUUGUAGCUGUUUUUUGUUGUUGCUUGGCUUUUGAACGAGUGUAAAUUGUUUUCUUUUGUGUAUUUAUACUUGUAUGUAUGAUUUGCAUGUUUCAAUGAUAAAGGGAUAAAACAGUGUACUGACAACUGUUUACAAGAAAGUGGAGAAAAAAUGUACAUACAUUUUUGUAUGUUUAAAUAUUACCAUAAAUACUCAGGAUUGGAGCUGCUUGUAAGUAUAACAAUAUACAGAAUAACUUUAUUUUAUCUUGUCAAGUCCAUCACUAAUCUAAAACAAAGGUGGCACUUUUUCAUGUUAACCUUAAACUCUAGGCCUUACUGGAAGCCACUGAAGGGGGACACUUCACUACCAGAUGGGUAUGCAGUGCCAGAGAUGGUCAUUUACACUAUGAGGCGCUGAACUUUGCCUUCAGAAGUUCUGACCAGAUUGGCUGCUGGAAAAGCCCCUAAUUUUCUGAAGGCUUGAAGAGGAAAAAAUAAAGUUUACAUACUCUUGAUGUGAAGUGCAUUUAAAUGUUUGUUGGCUCGUUGCAGUACUAUAAAACAUCUGUUAAUAAUGGUUAUGUGGAUUACUGUGAUUUGAAAACUAAAUUCACAAAAACUUACAUAGUGAAGAAUUAGUAAGUUUUUUUCCUUAAAGAACUGUAACACUACAUCUUUUAACAGUAAACAGGGAUCACUUUUCCUUUAGCAUUCAGAAUGACACCAUAUUCUCAAAUAUACUACUCCCUCGAAGUGUGUUUGUGUGUGAUGCCAUAUUUCUUUUUCAGGUAAAUGCAGUCUUCCUUAUAAAAAUGAAAUUAAACCUAUGCUUUCUCAAUUCUUUUAUAUUCUAACAAUAAAUAAAAAGAAAAUAUUACUGUGCAUUGUACCUGUAUUCAUAACUUAUGGUUGUUAUCAGGAAGCUCUAUAAGAAAAAAAGUUCAGCCUCCAGGCAAAACACAAAUGGAGGUUUUUACAUCUGUUUGCACAUCUCAGUAUAUUCCCAUUGAGGUAAAGUUUGCACAGUCAUCUGACUUCUGAUCAAACUAUAGACUUUAACUUGUUUAAAUUUUGUCUUAAACACCGGUAAUAUGGCUCUUGUUUAUCAGCUAAUCUUGAAUUUAUUCUGUGGUAAAUUUUCAAGCUGUCGAUUAUCUUUGAGAUGGGUUGGAUUCAACUUCUGUUGAACUGAAAACUCUCUUAAUGAUUCCUCUGUGUAUAUGAAUUAUUUUUGUUACAAAGCCACUGAUAUGUGCACAAUUGUAAUUUUACUCAAGUAUGUUGCGGUUGUAAAUAUUAAGAGUUUAAUCUCAUUCUCUACUUUUAUUUAGCAAUUACCUAAUUUGCCAGUAGCUUUAUAAUUUUUUAAGAUAAUUGUUCGUUAUUUUGUCAAUGUUAUUUGAACUUGGGAUACUAGGAUCCUCUAUCUAGGGACUUUGCCUAGCUAGCAUGUCCUAACAUUUGUUCCUGUCUUGCAUAACUUUUAGUAAUCUUUGUCAAUAUAUGUAACUUUGUUGCUCUGUAUGGCAUAAUAUUGUAUCCAUAAACAUGGUAAUUUUGAUACAGUUAUACUUUUACAGUGGUACAUAAUCCCAGGACUAGCAUAGAAUUAAGAUGAGUGCAAGAUAAGGGAGGGGAAGGGUUUUGUUCUUGGUAAUUUAGAUGUGAAACCUCUACAGAGCUAUCAUGUGAAACGAUAUAGGGUGGUUGUGCUACUGUAUAAUUGGGGAUGAUAAUACCAGGAAUUUUAAUAAGAUUUUGUAAAGAAUAUCCAGAAAAGUAGUGAAUUUAUUUUCAGUAUGACAUAGAAAACAAUGUGAAUAUUUAAGGUCUGUGACUAUAGUUAAACUUCACUAAGAAUUUGCAGAAUUGUUUUGAGAUGUGGGAAUAAAGGUAAUUUUUGUUGAAUCUUUAUUGGUGCUAAUGAUGGACAGUUAAAAAGAUAGCUAGUGUAUAUUAUUAUGGGUCAGUACUUAUUAGUACUUCCAAAAUUGAAUUUGAAAUGCUAUGUAUUCACUUUUCACUCUGUAAAUGUAAUUCUUUACAGUGACUUUAUUUAUUAAAGGGCAGCCAGUUGUAAUUUUUACAGGAUUGUGUCACCUAUUCAAACUUGUUAACCUCUGAACAGGAGAUUAAGCUUCUAAAACCACAAUGGGGAUAGAUAUGAAAUCCUUUAAGUGUUAUUUCCAUUAAACAAAACCCUUAUAAUUCAUAUUAUCAUGAAUUUGCUUUUGCCAUCUCAUUUGCAUAAAAUAGUUCAUCUGCCUGGUCCCAUUAGGCUCUACCAAAGAAAAAGACUCCGAUGAAUGGACGUAAUUACUGUGAGUCUUCUAAGUAGCCAUAAAUAAACCAAAAUAGUAUCAUCAAAUUUAGGUAUAAAAUUCCACAUGUGCAAAGUACUGUUAAGGUGAUACAUUUUUGAUGAGAUUUUUAAAAAUUUGAAAUAUUAAAAAGCAUUAUCUUUAAACAUCCUAUGAAAGAGUGAUUCAUUUUUAAAUUGUUUUUUCCCUAGAUCAUAGAUUUGUUAUCUUUAUGCAGAAGCACAUCGCAAAGUAAGGCUUUUCUUCUACCUCUUUAACUAGACUUGCAGUGUUGAGCUGUGCCCCCUAAAUAAUUGCCUUAGCUGUGUUAAAAUACAAUAUUUUCAGAACCAAAGCAAGGGGAUGUUUAUUUACAAAAACAUUCUCAGAUGCCUACUUUACAAAACUGAACGUACUAUCCUUUAGUGGUAAGACCUUGCAAAGUUACUAGUUAACAGGUAUUUAAAUGCUGAAAAGUUACGUCAUCAGCCCUAGGUUUGUCUUUGAAAGCAGUUACAUGUGCAUCGACCUUCCUCAUAUGUACAUAUGCCUUCUAAUUAAAGUUCUUAUGUUCAGAGUCGAUUAAAGAAAAUUUCUACCAGAAUGUAUGGUUUCUUGAGGAAUGCAUGAGGAGCUGCUUAUAUUACUUUGUACAGACAGGUUGUAAUUAUGUAGGAUAACUUUUUUGGCCAAUCUUUGAACUAAAGGAAUGGCUGGUUGAGGUCUACUUCAGAAACCAAUUUAAAGUGUUUUUGUUAGUUACCAAAGACCUUGCCUUAAAAGGUUUCAAGCACAUUUUCUUUUAUAUCCGAGAAUUUAAAUUGCUGGCUUUUAUUCCUUAACCAACCUUAGAAAUAAACCACUGCUUAAAUAUGCAUGGAUGUUACACUAUUAAGAACACUUGGUUGAUAUUUCACAGUUUUGCAUUUACUAUAGAAAUGAGGAUUUUUUUUUUUUACACAUGGUAACAUCUAUAAAGGAAGGCAGUUCUGUUCUUAAGGUAUCUCACCAUUCUCAAUUUUAUCUAAAUGAGAAGCAAUGUUUCUCACCUCCUGUGCUUAAAUUGCUAGAUGAUGUGUAGCAUGUCUUUGCUGAGAAAAAUUUGAAAGCUCUUAUUUUGAAGAAUCCUUGAUUCAGUAUUUUCUCGAUUUGGCAAUCUCUCCCUCAGGAAGCUGGGAGGCAAUAGGAUUCACUAACUGUACGUGUACCCAGAUGAAUGAUCAACAACUGCCACACUCGGGGAAACCUGAAUUAACUGAGUCACAGGAUGGUAGAUGCUAAUCUCAUGUGCCUAUUUCUUGAAGAUAGGCUGAUUUAGACAAGGAUUUUUGGCAUCGGGAAAGCACGUUCUGGCCCUGUCCUAGGUUACCAAGUUGUGAUAACUACUGUGUGUUAAUUUAAGAAUUCACAGCUAUGUUGAUACCUGAAAUCAAUGGGCAAUUUUAUCUGUAAGAUGAUAUAUCUAAGCUAAAUAAUCAGAAGUUUACCCGAAACAUCUGUCUUUACAAUAAAGAUGAUCUUGCCAGUGGGAGUGAAAUGCUCUUAAGUGCUUUAGCUCUGAUACUAUGCAUUCAUUUUUUACUUCACAGUGUCGGUUUGGGCACAGUCAGCUUUUGCCUCUAUGACUUGCCUUUUUCUGUUUAAUAAUUCACCAUUACCUAUUCUGCCUGACAGAUUCUUUAGGUAGGUGGUUAAGAUAUAUUGAAGGUUGCAUGGCUAGGAGUAAUUCUGUUCUCAUAGAGGUGACUUAACCCGUUCACUGUGAUCCAUUAAUCUCAAAACUAAAUUCUGAGAACUAAUUUCCUUUAUUUCCAAGUUUUGGGAGGAGGCCUCACUUAAAGCCCCAAAUAUUGACAAUUCUGUUCAGUAGUUUGUUUAAUUUGAUUUGUCUAUUUAAGUAAAUAAUGAGUACAUUCUUAUUUUUAAGAGGUGUUUGUUUUUCAAGCAGCUUAACUUGGUUAGAAAAACUUCACGUGUACUCAUUUGUUGUAAACAGUGAUUGGGGUUUCACUUUCUGGAUGUACUCAAGACUCCCAAGGAUGAUUGAAUAGGAUGCUUGCUGAUAGACAGUCUAAAACAGGAAUAUGUGUAUAUGGCAUGAAUUAGUCAUUGAAUAUCAGCUUCAGUAUCUAUACAAAGAAUUUUUAAUAAAAUUUGUUUAACAACAUAA